UCCCGGGCGGACAUUUUUCCCGGGUCACCGCAGCGGCCCGGGGCGAGUUUCACGCCGUAAUUACCGUCGAAAUCGCCCGCCGAGCGCGUUUCCACGCACGGGAUUCGCCGCGCCGACCGUUUUUUUGAAUGGGACAGCACAUCGUAGUGAGCCGGGAAAAAGCGUAACGCGUAAAGCCUCGCCGCCGCGCUCGUCGCUUGCACACACAUACACACGCACGCACGGGGGACCGCGCCGCGUACGGCCGCGGGUUCUCUCGGUCGCCCUUCGCGCAGCGCGGGGCGUUUCGGCCGCGGUGAACCGUCGCCCCGGCGGAGGGGUUCGCCUAACGCUUAACCUAAAUGCGCGCGGGAAACGGGCUCGGGCCGUAAAUAAACGCGGACGCGACGCGCUCCGAUUUUCCGCGAUCGGGGCGAGUGUGUUGUUUCGCGAGUAUAUUCGCGUCGGCAGUCACGGACGAUGAUCGCUAUCGACGAGAUGGAGCAGCGGGACCUCCCGCAGGCGUUCCGCCUGCUGGGGGAGAUGAACGCCAACGUGCUCCAGGUGAACCAGCUCGUGGACAACAUGCUGGUGCGCGUGAAGAACGGCGAGAUCUCGACCUCCAAGGGCCUCAGCUUCCUGGAGAUGAAGUACCACAUGCUGCUCUCGUAUCUCAUCAACCUGACCUACGUCGUCCUGAGAAAGUGCUCGGGCGAGCGUAUCGAGGGCGACCCGUCGAUCGACCGUCUGAUCGAGAUCAGAACUGUCCUAGAGAAAAUCCGACCAAUAGACCACAAGCUUAAGUACCAAAUAGAUAAGCUCGUCAAGACGGCGGUGACCGGCACGAUCAACAGCGACGAUCCCAGCAACUUCAGGGCGAAUCCCGACGCGCUGGUCGCCAAGCUCGACAGCGAUCAGGAGGAGGACAGCGAUCUGGAGGAGGACGCGGACGGCGUCAAGUCGACAACGCAGCAGUCCAGGAAGUCGAACGUUUACGUACCGCCGAAACUCGCUGCGGUGCAUUACGAUGGUGACGAAACAAUGGCGGAGAAGAUCCGCAAGGCCGGCGAGAGGGCACGCAGACGCGCCGUGUCGAAUACGGUGCUGCGGGAGCUGAAGGAGGAGUAUCUGGACGCGCCGGUGGAGGACAGCCAGGGCCUGGGCGAGAAGCGGGCGAUUCUGGUGCGCGAGGACAAGCGGAAGAUCGAGUACGAGGAGAACUACAUGACGCGUCUGCCCGUCACCAAGCAGGAGAAGCACAGACGUCGCCAGAUGACGACCCUCGGCACCCUCGGCGACGAGAUCACCACUUUCGGGGAGUCAUCCACCAAGACCGCUAAGAAGAGAAAAGCUCAGAGGAAGGGCAAGGCUAAAAAGAGUUUCAAGAAAAAACGGCAUCAUUAAGAGCGUGGGAUGAAGAGACGACUCCGGGACUUUGGACGCGGACCCCCGGGGUCAUCAUGCAGCAUUAACGAUUUAAGGUAAAAGGUAAACAAAAAAAAAGAAAAAUAAAUUUACUCGACUUCUUCUUCGAAACAAAAAGCAGAUGCCACUAAUACUCGUUACUAAGUUAAGCUAAAGAUAACAUCGUAACAUCCUAGUAAUAAAAGAAAAAAAAAGACAACGUGUGUCGGACGGUUGGAGUAAAAAUAGCACGAUGGUAAUUUAUUACUGUAUAAGACAUACUAAUGGUCGUGUAAUUGAUAAUUCUAGUUAAUAAUGAUUUUAAUCUUUAACUGUUGUCUGAGAGAUCAAUUUUGAUCUGUGGAGUUGAGGGAAAAGAGAAAGAGAGAAAGAUAGACGAGAUCCAUCGGGGAAAUUUUGCAUUCCACGCGAGUGUGAAUGCGAGGAACAACGUUCGAAGUAAUAAAAAAAAAAAAUUAAAAAAAAACGAUGGCACAUACGAGCUUAAUGGAAAUUAUGUGUCGUAAUAGCGUAAUAUUGUAUUGUAAUGUUGGAUCGAGUAGUUGGACUUAAACCGGCUCCAGGAUUGAAAAUUGUGAAUUACACGUAAAAGUUGAGAAAAAAAAAGCAGAACAUUCCUCUGCUUUAUUUUGAAAUAUUCUCCGGCUAUAUAGGGACGUGCGGAAGGUCAGGUGGAAAUCACAGUAAGCAUAGCAGGAGAGACGAUAUUGAAUUAAUUGUUAACGAAAAGCGUAAAAAUCACAAGACAUUCACGGCAAAAAAAAAUGCGCGGAAGCUACAAAACACUCGAGAGCUCUAAAGAGAAAGAAAAAUAAAAAAAGGACGAAA